GCUGGGAACUGUAAGUUUUUCAGGAAGCAUAGAUGGCAACAGCAAGAAUGGAUAUCCCCAGCCCUGGCUACAACCAAUACCUGGUGCACAGAUCAGUCUACUCUGAACCAACAUUCCAAGAAGAAAAUGAAAGAAAAGAGCCUGUUCGGAAAACUCUCCAGGACAGGGUGAAAAAGAAUUGCAGCUGUACAUCAAAAAAGGCUUUGUUUAUAGUCAAGAAGUUUCUCCCUAUUCUGAAUUGGUUACCCAAAUACAGAUGGAAAGAAUGGUUUUUAAGUGACCUGAUCUCUGGAGUCAGCACAGGUCUUGUUGGUACCUUGCAAGGCCUGGCAUUUGCAUUGCUUGCUGCAGUCCCUGUUGGAUAUGGCCUCUACUCUUCUUUUUUCCCUAUCUUGACUUAUUUUUUCCUGGGAACAUCAAAACACAUUUCUGUGGGACCAUUCCCAGUGGUCAGUUUGAUGGUGGGAUCAGUUGUUCUGUCUAUUGCUCCAGAUGAAAAAUUUGCAAUAUUAGGCAACUCUACAGGACUGAACGAAACAAUAAUAGACACAGUAGCAAGAGAUGCAGCCAGAGUUGCCGUUUCAGGAACACUCAGCUUUCUAAUUGGAAUUAUACAGCUUGCACUUGGCGUAUUUCAAAUUGGCUUUAUUAUCAGAUAUUUGGCAGAUCCAUUAGUUGGUGGUUUUACUACAGCUGCAGCCUUCCAAGUGUUUGUUUCACAAUUCAAACUAGUGCUCAAUGUCCCCACAAAGAACUACAACGGAGUACUCUCUAUCAUAUAUACAAUAAUAGAUAUCUUUACCAACAUUGCGAAAACCAACAUUGCUGAUCUGAUUGCUGGACUUCUAACAUUUGUUGUUUGCGUUGUGGUGAAAGAAAUAAAUGAUCGAUACAAACGCAUCUUUCGGGUACCUAUUCCUAUAGAAGUAAUUGUGACCAUAGUAGCUACAGGGAUUUCAUAUGGCGUCAAUCUGGAAAAGAAAUAUAAUGCAGGGAUUGUGAAGACAAUUCCAACUGGAUUCAUACCACCUAUGACACCAGACGUGAGCCUCUUCUCACAAAUAGGUAGUUCAGCAUUUUCCAUCGGUAUUGUUGCCUAUGCUGUAGCUGUGUCUGUGGGAAAAGUUUAUGCUACAAAGCACAACUAUGAAGUUGAUGGAAAUCAGGAGUUCAUUGCCUUUGGAAUAAGCAAUCUAUUCGGUGGAGUAUUUUCUUGCUUUUGUGCCACCACGGCCCUAUCACGUACAGCUAUCCAGGAAAGCACUGGAGGCAAAACACAGAUUGCUGGGAUUAUCUCAGCUGGGAUUGUGUUAAUUGCAAUUGUGGCACUUGGCAAGCUCCUUGAACCCCUUCAAAAGUCAGUGCUAGCGGCCAUUGUCAUUGCCAAUCUGAAGGGGAUGUUUUGGCAAGUUUUUGAUGUACCUCGCUUAUGGAAACAGAACAAAUGGGACUCAGUUAUCUGGGUUUUUACCUGCAUUGCAUCAAUCCUUCUGGGACUUGAUUUAGGACUGCUAGCUGGCUUGUUGUUUGGAUUAGUGACUAUUAUUUUACGUGUUCAGUUCCCUUCAUGUGGAGCUCUUGGUAGUGUUCCUGGCACAGACAUUUACAAAAAUGUCAAAGAAUACAAAAAUCUCAUAGAGCCAGAAGGAGUUAAAAUCAUUCGCUAUACAAGUGGUAUGUUUUAUGGAAAUAUCGACGGGUUUAAGAAUGCCAUCAAAUCAAUUGUUGGGUUUGAUGCGGUGAAAGUUUAUAACAAGAGAACAAAAGCACUGAGGAAAAUACAAAAGCUUAUUAAAAAAGGACAACUAAGAUCAACAAAGAAUGGCAUUAUUAGCAGCACAGGAGCAGAUAAUGAAGGUUAUGAUCCUGAUGAUGAUCCCGAGGACCCAGAACAAGAAAAUAAUGAAGCAGUUCAAACAAAAGAAGUAGAGAUCCAAGUAGACUGGAACUCAGAACUUCCAAUAAAAGUAUCUGUGCCCAAAGUCUCCAUUCACAGCAUCAUUUUUGAUUUUGGGCAAAUCCACUUCAUUGAUGUGGUUGCAGUGAGAUCUCUUAAAGUGAUAUUUAAAGAAUUUAAGAGAAUUGAUGUAGAGCCAUACAUUGCAGCAUAUGAAGAUGGUGUUUUACAAAAAAUGGAAAAAUGCUUUUUCUUUGAUGAGGUGAUCAAACGAGACAUCUUCUUUUUGACCGUCCAUGAUGCUGUGCUGCAUAUAGAGAACCUGAGAAAGUUCUAUGAUGGUCAUGAUCCUCUUCUUGAAAAGAUUUCACUCAUGCAAGAAUCUAAGGAACCAUUGGAGUUCACCACAACUGAUCCAACAGACCAAGAACUGGAUGCCCAGGAAGGGGCUCUCCGAUCACUGGCACACUGAAGAAAGGCAUCUGUAACACUCAUUAGGGACAGUAUCAUCCUUUGGGUUCAAUAACGAGACAUUUGCUGUUUCAUUAACAUCUACUAAUACCAUGCUAUGCAUAUGAUAAAAAUGUUAUGAAUGUUUAUGAAUUAUAUGAUGGGCAACUCCUCAAAAACCUUCCAAACAGCAUUUUAAAUGUGUAAAACAGAUAGACAACAAAACCAAGUGUCCUUAUACUACUGGUUUUAAGCAUCCUUCCUUUCUGAUAAGGACUGAACAGCCAUUUAGAGAUUGAGGUUUAAAGUAUAAUGAGCCUAGGUGAUAUUGAAGUCAACAGAUGUUAUGAUUGAGAGGUAUUCCGAUUUAUGCACCUACCAGGACAAGAGAGGAGGAAAGGAAUAUGUGCAACAUUCUAAUGAAUAAACAUAUAAACAAAAAUAAAAUUGAGUGUUGAGGCAAAGAACAUGACUGUUACCCAAACAUUUAAGCCACAACAUCAAAUUCUUCAAAUUCUGUGAACUAAGAUAAGUUUAAUAUAACAAAUACAUGUUGGCCUGACUGCCUCAUUAAAUGGCAAAAUAUUUACAUAAAUUAAGCAUAUUCAUUUUAAGUCACAAGGGGGUUAGUUAUUAAAAUCCGAAUGCCAAAAUCUCCAAAAAUUCUAGUUUUUUUUUUUUUACUAUAAAAUCUGAAUUUUUAGUGAAAAAAAAAAACAAACAAAUUUUUCAAAAUUUAUUAUACCCCGAGAAUGGAAAAAGUCAGGAUACGAAAAUCCGGCAUUUUAGACCUGUCGAGGUGGUAUAUAUAUAUAUAUAAGUCAAUUGCAGAGUUUCCUAUAGUAUUUGGAAAUUUUCUCGCUGAAAUUAGCCAUAAAAUUCUACUAUUUUGGACUUUUUGGGCAAAAAUCUGAAAAAUUCAGGGUUUUUGGGAAAAACCCUUAAAAAUCCAGCAAUUUGGGGAAAACUCUGAAAAAAACAUACGAUUUGGAUUUUCUCUAGAUUUUGUUGAGUUUGUCCCCGAUCCAAUUAAAUUGUGUUUUUUUAUUAAUAAAUAAAGUCACAACAUCAGAUUUUUUUUUUGGUCAGACUUUUUUCAUUUAAAUCAGAAAAAUUCUGAUUUUGAUAAAUAAUGCCCUAAGUGUAGCAAAUAUUAAUAUGUGGCUGUGAACUAUAGUCAGUUUAUUAUAAGUAUUUUACAAGUAUAGAUCAGUAUAGCUCUAUAGUAUAAAUCUUACUAAACUAAAGUAAUUUAGUAGUAUCUGUGAAAA